AAAUCAACAUAUCCAAAAGAGGAAAGAAAAAAAAAAAAAAAAAUUAACAUGGUAGAGGUUUAUGAGUUGUGGGCUGUGAUAGUUUCACUCAUAGUGGUGAAGCUGUGUCAUUGGAUCUAUCAGUGGAGAAAUCCGAAGAGUAAUGGAAAACUUCCUCCAGGAUCGAUGGGUUUUCCAGUCAUCGGAGAGACUUUCGAGUUCAUGAAGCCUCAUGAUGCUAUUCAGAUACCAACAUUCGUGAAGGAGAAAGUACUCAGACAUGGACCAGUUUUUAAGACAAGCUUAUUUGGAGGCAAAGUUAUAAUUUCCACUGCUAUUGGACUGAACAUGGAGAUAGCAAAGACAAAUCAUAUUCCCGGUAUGCCGAAGAGCUUAGUGCGGCUAUUUGGGGCAAACAACUUGUUUGUGAAUAAGGAUACUCAUAAACAUGCCCGUAGCUUGACAAACCAGUUUUUAGGUUCGCAAGCUUUGAAAUUAAGAAUGAUUCAGGACAUUGAUUUCUUGGCUCGCACACACAUGAAGGAAGGAGCUAGGAAAGGUUGUCUUGACGUCAAGGAAACGACAAGCAAGAUCAUUAUUGAAUGUCUUGCGAAGAAAGUAAUGGGGGAGAUGGAACCAGAGGCAGCAAAAGAACUCACACUCUGUUGGACAUUUUUCCCAACGGAAUGGUUUCGAUUCGCUUGGAAUAUCCCGGGGACUGGUGUUUAUCGAAUGGUGAAGGCAAGAAAUCGGAUGAUAAAGGUACUAAAAGAGACGGUACUUAAGAAGAGAGCAUCAGGAGAGGAAUUGGGGGAGGUUUUUAAGACCAUCUUUGGAGAUACGGAAAGAGGAGCGGAAACUAUAAGUCUAGAGAGUGCGACCGAGUACAUAUUUACUCUGUUUUUGCUGGCUAACGAAACAACACCAAUGGUCCUUGCGGCUACAAUAAAGCUCAUAAGCGACAACCCUAAAGUCAUGCAGGAGUUGCAAAGAGAACAUGAAAGAAUUGUCCGAGAUAAGAUUGAGAAGAAUGAGAAGGCUGACUUAACAUGGGAAGACUACAAAUCAAUGACUUUCACCAUGAUGGUGAUAAAUGAGUCUCUUAGGAUCACAAGCACGGUACCGACGAUGCUUAGAGUAAUUGGUCAUGAGUUCAAAUAUGGUGAUUAUACAAUUCCAGCUGGUUGGAUCUUUAUGGGUUAUCCUUAUGUGCAUUUCAAUCCAGAAAACUAUGAUGACCCUUUAGCAUUUAAUCCAUGGCGCUGGGAGGGAAAAGACUUGAGCGCGAACGUCUCCAGGACUUACUUUCCCUUUGGCUCUGGUUCUAGACUAUGUGUAGGAGCUGAAUUCGUUAAGUUGCAGAUGACCAUUUUUAUCCAUCAUUUGUCUAGAUACAGGUGGUCAAUGAAGACAGAGACUCCUGUACUUCGAAGAUUUGUACUUAUGCUUCCACGUGGAUCAGAUGUUCAAAUCUCAGAAGACACCAAAACUGGAUAACUCUGUUGGUUAUUAGAGUGAUUACAUUGUAGUGUUAUGAGAGAAUAAGAAAAGUUUUAGACAUUUCUCUUCCUUUCACUCUUUCUCCUCAACUUUUCAAUUUGUUUUUGUAUGAGAGACUAUUUGGAUGUUUUUCAGUAUUUGCUCUAAAUCUCAUUUCGAUUUCUUAUGUCAUCCUUUAUAUAUCUAUGGUUUAAUUUCAUUGUCUAACUACCCGGAAGUAAGAAUUAAGUACACUUCGACGAUGAAUAUCAAAACUUUGUGUUCUUCCCAUUUUGUUUUGGUUGAAAGUGUGAAUAUAAUGUGGAAUUGCCA